GUGCAUACGAAAAGCCGGUCUAAUAUUUUGCACUCAAAAGUACUGCAAAAAUAGUUGUUUUUUGCGAUUAAAUGACAACUAUUUUCAUAUCAUUUAGACUUUACUCGCAGUCUAUAAACUAAACACUGAUUUAAAUGUGAGUUUAAAUCAAUUUUUGUGAAUAAAUAAUACUUUUGUUUAAAUUGUUAUAUAUUUUUACAUCACUUUUUUCCUCAUAUUUUGUUGGUUUCAAAAGCAAAAAACAAUUUGAGUAAUUGAUAUCCAAAGCAAUCAUUUGAUACAUAAAUAGUGAGAAAUGUCUGCAAAACUGUUAGCAUUGGUGUCUCACUCGACGGCCAACCGAUCAAUGAUCUCAGCCUUAAGAGCGAACCGAUUGUCGCAUUUGGUGUACAAUCACUCCCGAUGUCUGUCCACAGCGCGUCGGACUCAUGUCAACUACGAGGUGAAGGACGGCAUAGCUGUGGUCCGCUUCGACUCUCCCAACUCCAGAGUCAACAGUCUUUCCCGGGAAGUGAUGAAAGACUGCGAAGAGGUGUUCAACGAAAUCUCCAGUUCGGGUGCCGUCGGAGUUGUGCUCAUAUCGGGUAAACCCGAGUGUUUUAUAGCCGGAGCCGACAUUUCAAUGCUAGAGAGAGCCAAAUCUGCCCAAGAGAUUGAAGAUCUGUCCCGAAGCGGUCACACCUUCUUAAACAAACUGGUCUCGAGUCCCAAACCGGUGGUCGCGGCUAUUAUGGGCUCGUGUUUGGGCGGCGGUCUCGAAGUGGCGCUCGCAUCCCAUUAUAGGAUUGCCGUCAAAGACAAGAAAACUAAUUUAGGAUUACCUGAAGUGAUGAUUGCCGUCAAAGACAAGAAAACUAAUUUAGGAUUACCUGAAGUGAUGUUAGGAUUACUUCCGGGCGGCGGAGGAACACAACGACUGCCACAACUGAUCAGUGUUCCCAACUCUUUGGAUAUGAUGCUAACCGGGAAAAUGAUUAAAGCAGAUAAGGCUCGUAAGAUGGGACUCGUCGACCAAAUCGUGAACCCUUUAGGUCCGGGUCUGACAUCACCUGAAGAACGAACGUUGGAAUACUUGGAAGAAGUGGCCAUUUUUACUGCCAAACAGAUUGCGAGUGGAAAACUGAAAGUCUCGCGACAAAGGCCUUUGACUGAACGACUCCUUCGGUCUGCGAUUGGCAUUCAGUUUAUCAGAGAUAAGAUCUUUGAUAAGGCGAGGGGUCAGGUGAUGAAAAUGACGAGUGGCUUAUAUCCGGCACCGCUUAAAAUCAUUGAAGUGGUGAAGACUGGCUUAGAGAAGGGACAGCCGGCGGGAACUGAAGCCGAGAUUAAGGGUUUCGCCGAAUUGAGUCAAACGACUCACUCGAAGGCUUUGAUCGGUUUAUUUCACGGACAGACUCUUUGCAAAAAGAAUAAGUUUGGAAAACCGGCUAAAGAGCCGAAGACAUUGGCCGUAUUGGGCGCCGGUUUGAUGGGCGCCGGCAUCGCACAGGAAGGCGUGACCCCUAAAGAAUUGGACAAAAUAACGCGAACGUGGGGUUUCCCAGUGGGCGCCGCCACACUUGUCGAUGAAGUGGGUAUAGACGUGGCCGCACACGUGGCCGAAGAUCUCGGCAGAAUAUUUAGCGAACGCUUUGCCGGCGCUAAUAUGGAAGUGCUGAAGGAAAUGGUUGCCACCGGGUUUACGGGAAGGAAAGGAGGCAAAGGUUUCUAUAUAUACGAGGCUGGAGUUAAAGACAGAAAAGUGAACGAUAAAGCUUUAGAAAUACUCAAUAAAUAUCACAUUUCACCCAAACAUAAGUGUACUCUAGAAGAACAUCAGAUGAGACUCGGCGUGAGGUUUGUGAACGAAGCGGCCCUCUGUUUACAGGAAGGAAUUCUAGCGAAUCCGCUCGAAGGAGACAUCGGAGCAGUUUUUGGUUUAGGUUUCCCACCGUUUUUGGGCGGACCCUUCCGUUAUGUCGACACUUAUGGCGCCAAUAAAGUGGUCGAUUGGAUGAAGAAGUUCGCCGAUGAUUACGGCCCGCAGUUCAAGCCGUGCCAACUCCUCAUCGAUCACUCCAACGACACCUCCAAGAAGUUCCACAAAACUAAUUAAUUUUUGUCAUUCAAUUCAAUGCAAAUUUUAUUAAACAUUUUAAUUUUUAUAUUAAUAGCUUUAAAGUAUA